AUGAAAGAGGUAUCGCUACUCUAUCUCCCAAUUAAAGACCUAAAUAAUCCUCUCCUUCUUGAGGAAAUCCGGGAAUGUACGACCUGUUUACGGAAAAGGGGGUUCUUCAUGGGGAUCCAAGGCUCCACAACUUUCUACGUGUUCAUCAGAGGAUCGUUGCUAUCGACUUUGAGCUUUCCGAGCCUCUUACCAGUAAAAUAA